UGCGUCCUACCUCCUGUGGCGGUAUCGUCGCUCCCAGUUCGGCCCACUCACUAUUUAUAGGACUGUGGAAGCGAGAAGGCGUGGAAAUGAGAGCUUGACCAGUUGCGAGCGGUGAUGUUGGAAAGCCAAGAAAACCCUAAGUCGUCCUCUAAGAAAUCACCAUCUGCGAGUGGCUCAAUCGACAUAUAUGCCGUGCAAUGUGGGAAAUGCCACAAAUGGAGGGUGAUCGGCACACAAGAAGAGUACGAAGACAUCAGAAGUAACUUCUCAGGGAACCCCUUCGUUUGCAGCAGGAAACCUGGCACUUCAUGCAAGGAUGCGGCUGAUAUAGAGAAGGAUGCAUCUAGAACGUGGGUGAUUGACAGGCCAAACAUACCAAAAACUCCAGAAGGUUUCAAGAGAAGCCUGGUUCUGCGAAGAGAUUUCACCAAGUUGGAUGCUUACUACAUCGCGCCUUCCGGGAAGAAAAUGAGGACCCGCAAUGAAAUAGCGGCUUUCUUGGAAGCAAAUCCUGAACACAAAGGUGUGUCCAUCUCGGAGUUCAGUUUUCACUGCCCCAAGAUAGUGGAAGAAACCAUUCCGGAGCAUGUUGAGAAGAGGGCUUCUGGCGGUGGCAGUGGCAGUAAUAAGAAAUCUAAAACAAUGAAAGAUCAAGAAUAAGCAGUUGGUGACAGGUGCCCGGUUCCUAGGGAAGCUGUUGUUUAACGUAGUAUGCUCGUGUGAUUAGCAUGGUGGGGUAAUUUUUGGGGGAUCUCCAGGCUUGGCUCUCUGUCUGUUCUCUGGCAUGCACUUGAAUCUAAUUUACAUGUGGACGUCUCGAGAGCAAGUGCUUUGUGUGUUCCUGUGGGUUAAUAUUUUCUUCCAAAAUGCGAUUAGAGGUUACUCCAGGAAAGGAAAGCUUGUUAAGUCAAAGCCAAAACUAAGAAGUUUGGCUUAAA